AUGCGAUCUCUAGGGCUGACCGGCUUCGGCGCCCCAACAACUUCUUCCCACCUCAGCCCCGCGAUGAUGUCGACAGGCACCCCAAGGUAUUUCUCGCCCAAGCGCAGGCGAGAACCUUCCGAGUCGGACUAUUAUAGCCCAUCUGCAUCGCCAACAUCCACAGUUUCUGUCGUCAGUCUACAAGAGUCCCGGAUACGUGACGACACAGAGCCUGGGCAACAUAGCCCUCGCGCAGUGGUAGCGGGGCGCUUCAAAGAUUUGGCAAUCCGGGGAGAGCAUUUUCCAGACAGGAGAGGGUCAAAUCGUGACCUCCAGCAACCACAAACGCUACAAUCGGAGCAGGCGACAUGUAUCUCCGACAGCCACGACCGGGGUUCCAUGAACCUGGCUGAACCCUUGCAAGCUCAUAGCGGGGAGCCGAGUGACGCUCAAAACCACCAUACGGGUUCCGAGUCGGCAACAUAUCGUAUGCCGGACAAUGCCCUGGUCACACAUAUUUGUACGCCCUCAAAAAAGAGGUCGACUCUAUCUCCUUACAAAGGAAGUGAUGCAUCACCUUCCAAGGGCCGCAAGCGACUAUCCCCUCCACCUUCAGAUGUUCCUCUGGAUGAUCCAUUCACAUGGCAUGACCACGAAAUCACGGGGCAUAACCCUACUGACCCAACCGAUGACGGCUACGGAAUCAAUGGCGUUGGCUUCAAACCAACUGCAGCCAUUGCGUGGGCACGCUCUCAGAAGCGACAGCGGCAAGUUGCCGAAUGGAAGUCCCGGGAGGCACGAGAAGCCCGUGAGAAGCGACGAGAAAGAAGAAAUGAAAGCUCUGGAAUGGACAGACUCCGCAGCAUACACGAAGGCGCUGUCCAGAAACGAGUCAAGUUCAAUGUUCAGGAUAGGCCCUGA